CAAUUUAAUGAAAUUAUACCUAAAGAAUAAACUCUCUUUAUAUUCAAGAGCUUUACAAAUUGCUUUACCUAAUGAUAGAAAUCAUGCGCAUACAGUAAACUUUUAAAAUGAAAUCGAUAAAUAAUAAAAAUAUGUACCAUGUAUUUUCGUGUUAAAUAUUGAGAGAAAAUAACUUUAAGGAGAGUCCCAAAAUGCGUUUUUAUAAAAAAUCAAAGUUUAACAGAUUAUAGUAUAAUACAUUUAAAAAAUUUACUGAAAUCAACGAGCGAAGGAAUUAAAAUGCAUUCCGUGGGCAUUCAUUCGGCAAUGGCGAUCAAAAGGCAACGGAAACGUCGAGAUGAACAGAAAAGGGCUCGAGAAAGACGUUAUAGCACGCAAAGUUCUGAGAGCGGAGAAACAUUUCAUUCUCCAACAGGAUCCCUGAGACGAAAAUAUCACCAUCCUCGUCAUCCAGUUAGUCCCGGCCCCGGAAUGCUUGACAGCCAGGUAGUUACUAGUAUUGGCAUGUUGCAUAUAGGUAUUGUAUUCGUUGUGUUUGGAGUUUUUCUUUGCGGCGCUGGUAUUAUUCCAGACGAAACUAUGUCAUGGAACGUAUUUAGCUCAAGCUCUGCCUGGUGGAAUGAAGUUACAUGCACAGGCUUAUUUUCUCUUGGACUGGGACUGUUUUUACUUAUUUUAAACUGUCUUAUAAGUCGAAAAGAGGAGGAGGAUCUUGAAGACUAUGUGCAACGUCAACUAACUAGAUCUCGAUCUGGACACCGACUUGAAAGAGAUAUUGAAACUGGUGUUUUGACAACGCGACAUGCUCGAAAAGCUGUUGCUUUACAAAAGGGCGGACGUAAUAUAUCUCCUACAGAUGUUUCCGUCGUAAAUUGUGGCUCUGCAGAAAAUAUGUGCAAUGGACCGAUAGUUAACCAUAAUGUUUUAAACAGCACUGAUGCAAUCCUCGAAAAAAUUGUGGAGGAAGAUACAACUUAUUUAAACGACCGUAACUCUGGAAUAUCUCCGAUUGAAUUAGAAAAUGAUAAGAAGCAAUUAUUAAGAAGAGAAUCUACGAAUGACGCAAUCAAUAUUACACGUAUUUAAGUAACUAAUUUUUACACCUUUCAAAUAGUAUUCGAACAGAUGGAAAUCAUUUUUUAAUAUCCAAAUGUUUUUACAAUACAAUAAUCAUAAAUCUUCUUUUCACUUUUGAUUGAAAUACGUUUAAGGACACUGCAUAAUCAUUGUAACAAAAACCUGUGGAAAGUUUUAGUUUGAAAAAGAAUGCAUUUUUUAAUAGACUUAUAAACAUGUAUGACAGUAUUGUAUACUCGAAAUAGCGUAAAAUGUCAUUACGUGUUACAACUCGUAGUAUACAUUCAUUGAAGAGUAACCUAUAAGAUAUUGAUUAGGAUCAGUAUCCAAAUCGAUCUAGCCAUGUCCGCUUGUGCAGUUUAAUAAACAUACAUUGUAGGGAUAUAUAAAAGCAGAUAUGUUGGCCAAAAAACCGGCCAACAAAAACAAUUUAAAAAAAGGUACCUUUUCAAAUUCGAAUUUUAUAUUACAAUAUGUCAAAAACGUUUAAAGUUGAGUUUUUAUUUCAAAAUCUGUGACUUUAAUGUUUAAAAGUCGAUAUUUUAAGCUUUUUUUAUUUAUUUUAUAACUAGAAAUCUGACAAACCAAUAAAACUCAGUAUGUUCCGUUUUAAGCUAAA